UGUUUGUGCGUGCUUGCGUGUAUUUGUGCGCGCGAUCUCUGCCUCCACAGGUCAUUAAAAGUCCUCUUGUUCUUCAGCUCAGGUAUUCAGCCCCGAAUUCCCACUGAGUCAGAUCUGUGAGAGAACCUGCGCUGGACUGUCGUCCAUCUGACAGACAUGGCUGAUGAAGGAGCUCCAUCUGCUGUGCAGGGCUCUCUUUCGGCUGCCCGCAGCUUUGCGCGACCUGCUGCCUCCGCCUCCAACCAUAGCCGCCUCCAGGACGCACAGACUCACCAGCCCAGCGGCGGCAUGAAGCUGGAGGCAGUGAUGGAAACCCUGCAGCGGCAGCAGGCUGCACGUCUGGUCCUGGAAGAGAAGCUCCGGGUGGCGGAACAAAAACAGCAGCCCCAUGUGCACCAACAAGCUCUGGACCCCCGCCACUAUCAGGCGGCCAUGCGCGCCGGAGGUGGCCCGGCGUUCACGCUGUCUCACCGGGAGGAUGCGGACAUGCGUGUGUGGACCAACGACCAGGAUGGAGGAGAUACGGACAAUCAGGAGAUCACUGAUGAAGAAGAGAAUGAUGGUAGUAGUUCAGAUCUCCCCCAGCAGCGACCGUCCGCCCUCCGGAGACCUGGUCUGUCCACACAAGGAGCCAGAGGGCAGCUCAUGACCAGAGUCCCGGGGUCCACCCUGCCCGCUCCCUCCUCUGGGUUUCCGACGGCGCACCACCACGAGUGGACAUACGAGGAGCAGUUUAAACAGCUCUAUGAACUGGAUGAUGAUGAAAAACGCAAAGGGUUUCUAGACGACCUUUUUUAUUUCAUGCAACAACGAGGGACUCCGGUGAAUCGGAUUCCUAUCAUGGCGAAGCAGGUGUUGGACCUCUACAAUCUCUACAAGCUUGUCACAGAAAAAGGCGGCUUAGUAGAAGUCAUCAAUAAAAAGAUAUGGCGUGAGAUUACCAAAGGCCUCAACCUCCCUACCUCUAUUACCAGUGCAGCUUUCACUCUGAGGACACAGUAUAUGAAGUACCUCUAUCCUUAUGAAUGUGAGAAACGUGGACUGAGUUCUCCUGAUGAGCUUCAAGCAGCAAUCGAUAGCAACCGUCGUGAAGGCCGGAAGCAGAACUAUGGCUCAGUCAUCUUCAGCUACACUCCAUCAGGCCUUUCCACUCCAAAGAUACAGCCACAUGUCCCCACACCAGCUCACAGCAGCAGCCCUUUCUCCCAGGCCCCCGUGGUCAAGAAAGGCUUGUAUCUACAUCUGGUACCGGCAUCAGCCAUGGAGGAUAUGGCGGAUGAAGAACAGAUGGACCAAGCACAAGAGAACCACAGGAUGGCCAGGUGCCUACACAGUGGGGUGGCCCUUUCCCUGUCCCCCUCCAGCCAUCAUGAGGCAGCCUUGGCUGUACAGGCAGCAGUGACUCAGUCGGCAGCUCUGGAACACAGGAAGAAAAUCAAAAGCAGUGAACCACCACUAAAGAAGAUGAUGAUGGUUGCAGAGGAGCAGCAGAGAAUCACGGAGCACAUUCUGCAUAAGAACCUGAUAACAAUGGCCACCCAGCUACCUCUUAAUAUUAAACUCAGCAACAGAGAUGAUAGACAAGAGGCCGCAUUGAACCUGUCUACCAACGGCAUUAGCAGCAUCAACAUGUCAAUAGAAAUAAAUGGAGUUGUCUACACAGGAGUUCUUUUCGCUCGACAGUCGUCAGUAGAUGGGAUGAUGGAACAUCGUGGAAAACACAGCUACUGUAAGACUCAAGGAAAGACCAACGCUACAUAGUUUCAGCCUUCGUAUUCUUCCUCGUCCUCUUCUUCUUCACCCUAUGGACACAGAAACUCCUUUCUUUGAGUGCUGUUUGUUCUUUCUCCAGCAUUAGUGAGUGUUUUUACUUGGGAUCCUCUUACGACGUGUUGUGUUCUGGUGGUUAUAAAUAACAGCAGCGGUUCUGGAAUCAUAUGAGCUCCUUUAUUAACAUGCUCAGAAUAGACUGGUGGCACCAUGCCACAUGUGCUAACACACAUUCACUUCCUCUACCAUAUCUAACAUCAUAUAUAACGACAGGGACCUCUAGUGGCCAAACACUGUAAUAACAUAUCUGAACAUUACAAGAUGUGGCCUGAAUGAAGCCAAAUGAGGAUUCAGGAUAACGAGAAGGCAGCUGAACCUCUCCCAAACAACAGAGCACCGUUGGCUACAGCACCGACGAGCUUCAGUAUCCACCAUCUUUCAUCUGAAAACCACGGCAUGAACACAAAUGAACAAACAUAUGAUGUGGAUCUAUUCUAUAAAGUGUCUAGACUGCUUGGAUUUAUGUUUUUGUGAGAAACCAUCACCUAAUGUUCAACAAAGGGAUGUGUGAUCCACCAACAACCUGCUGAGACUUUGAUGGACUUGAGUUCCUCCCAGAUGAUUGAUCAGGCUGUUCUGGGUGUGUGCAGCAAAAGGCAGGAACACGCUCACACACACAUUACCGGUUUUACGUCAACAUUUAAACUCUGGUUAAUUGAUUAAAUAUGUGUUUAAUGUUGUGAUAAAUUACCAACAAGCUUCCUAUUAACAACGCUUUAUUGCAGUUGCAGAAAACAAAGAGCAUUGUGUGCUUUUGAUGACCUGGGUUAGGGUUAAGACUCACAAACAUAUCUCAAUCUGAAAUGAAGGUUUAACUAAAGGCUGUCUCUACUCUGAUGAAUGUGUGCUGGUGGUAGAAGAAUCCUGUCCAGGUCCAACAGCCUGCGUUGUUUCAAAGUGCUUCUUUGUGUGCUCACAUUCAAAUGGAACAAAAGGUAGAAAUAAUCUGGUCCUGAUGUGAUUAGUCUGGGAUUUUGAACUAGAACUGAACCUUGCUGGCCCGGAUUAUUCCUGUGUGCUUCUGAGAGACCCACAAACGCAUGUUGGCUUUGGCAGAACCCCGCCUAAAGGAGCUACACCAUCCUUUCAACAUGCUAACUGAUGAUCCAUCAUGGUUGUGACCUUAGCAUGUGUCCAUUUAUAAUCAGCAAAAACAUUUAGGAUGUGGUCUUUAAAAUAAUCACUGUUUUCAGAAUCUCGACCUAGAGCUAAAGGCGUGUGACCCAUCUGGAUUAGCUGAUGGUUGGAGAGGAUCCUGUCAGCUCCUUCUAUUCAAACCAAGCAGGCUGAGAAGAGGGAGCUGAUAUUUUCUAAUCAGGUAUGUAUUGAUUAGCUCUAAGCUAGUUAUUAGUUAUAAUUAUGUAGUCAUUUUAAAUGAAAAACACAUUGAUGUGUUACAGAUCAUUUAUAUGGUCUUUGUCCUGAAUUCAUUUUGUUUCAGUUCCUUAGAAAAUGUCGACUGUCUUGUUAAGGUUGAGAUGAAUUAGCUGCUUCUGCUUGCUGGAACCCUUUCCUUGUGGGCACCUUGUUUUAUUUCUAAUGCUCUACAAACUUCAACCUGAAAGGUCAGAGCUGAAACUGGAGACGUUUCAGCCGGUCCUCCUUUUCCUGCUGUUCACCUGCUUUAUGCUGAAUGUAUCACAUGUAUUUCUAUUGCUAUGUAAUACAUAAGUUUGUAUGUUUUACUGUCUUCGUGGUCGGUUCUCCUGGAAAGAUUGAUGUUAAUCUUAUUUAGACCCGAGUUAUUUACUCAUUAUAUGUUUAUUACACCAGGGAGGUCCCAUUGAGGUGAAUAUCUUUUCUUACUGGGAAUCCAGGUCAAAAUAAAAUAAAAGGAUGCAUAAAGGAAAUAAUUAUUUGAAUUCUGUUGUUUUAUUUUAUCAAUUCAAUGCAACCACUAUACAGUCAGGUUCAACACAACAUCAAACAGCUCCUAGUAAUAAAAUGUCGCAUGAGCAGUGAGCUGCUGCAGAGCUGAGCUACCUCAGGAUCAGGGGCAGCAGGCUGGUGGCCUGGAGCAGCAUCUUUACCAGACAUGGGUUUUGGUAAUCUGCUAUGAACAUUCUGGACAUCACCCUGUGGAGACCUUAUAGAGCGGAGAUGAGCUAGAGAUAUUGUGCCAGCUGGCAUCGGGCUGCCCUGGAGUCCCUACAGAUGGACUGAGUUGGUCUGCCGGUUGACCCCUGACCUGCUACUAAUGAGUUCAUGUUUGGGGAAGGGUUGGCCUCCACCUCAUCAAAGGUGUCAGUUGUUUUUAGACUUGCUGGGGACAAUAACCUUACACUUGAGUGGGGCUUAAAGAUUGCUACAGGGACAAUCAUUAAAUAGGCGAAGCAUAGAACAAGUCACACCAAACUCUACUUUUUUUUGUUGCUAAUAACCUGUGUAAAUGAGAGACUAAUACUGUUGUAGACACGUGUAGUCAUUAUUUUUGUUUUCUUUAAAAACUAAAA